AUCUUCAAAGUUUGUCUCACACACACACACACACACACACACACACAACACCCUAAUGGCCUCUCUCACUCCAGGAAUCCUUCUAAAACUCCUUCAAUCCAUGAACUCAACAGUCCGAGUCACCGGCGAGCACCGCUCGGCUCUCCUUCAAGUCAUCGGAAUUGUACCUGGUCUCGCAGGCUCCGACCUCUGGCCUAACCACGGGUUCUACGUGCAGCUCUCCGAUUCCCUCAACUCCACCUAUGUAUCCCUCUCCGACCACGACACCGAUCUCAUUCUCACCAACCGCCUCCAGCUCGGCCAGUUCGUUCAUGUUGACCGCUUUGAGUUCGACUCUCCCGUCCCUCGUGUCAACGGUAUUCGUCCAAUCGCAGGCCGCCACGCGUUCUUAGGCAGUCCUGAACCUCUCAUUGCUCGAAUUUCUGCUUCGAAAAGAGAGUUUGUUAUUCAACCGGUGUCUGAUUCGGAGUACUCCGUAGAUCCGAUUGCCGUUUACUUGUCCACCAAGAAGUCCGAUCGAAAAGAAAACAAUGAAUCGAAAGUAGAUACGAAAAUAGAAAAAAUUAAAACAAGGCAAGCUCUUGCUCCCAGAGAUAACGUCGCAAUUCCAAAUUUAGAUGAAAGCAAGCCAGUUUUAGAAAAGCCACCACAGAGGUUUUCAUCUCCGGCUACCGCAAAACGGUCAGGAUCGGUUGGAAAGAAAAAUGUGGCGGUGGUUGAAAGAGAUCCAUCUCCGGCAGGGAAAGUAAAGAGAUCUGCAUCUCCGGUGCCAUCAAAAUGUGUUGUCCCUAGCCUAGUUGCAGCUAAAGAUGAAAACCGGAAGGCGGCGAGGGAGCCAGCAAUAAUAGUUCCGUCUAGGUACCGGCAGCCUUCGCCAAACGCAAGGAAGCAGGCUUCACCAAAUCCUCGGAGGGCUUCGCUCUCUCCUGGGAGAAGGUUGUCUGGAGGAGUGAAGUUUUCACCUGUUGUUGCGGAUGCUGGUGGGAAGAAGAAGAUGGCAACGAUUGUUGCCGGGAUUUCCAAACUUCCAGAGGUCAAGAAUGGUAGAAAGAGCUGGGAUGAGUCGCCUCCUGUGCCGGUUGCGGGGGAGCAGAAAGAAAAGGCAGCUGUAAAGAAUAAUAAGCCAGAUCUGCAAUCCAUUCUGCGAACCCAGGCUGCUAUUUCUAGACGUCUAAGCGACGUGAAUGGUCGAAAGUCGGUCGGUGAUGAUUCUUCAAGCAAGAAGCAAACUAAAGCCUGUUCGCCUGAAACCAGUUUGGGUUAUGGAGCUCUAGGGAUUACAGUUCAUGAAAAAAAAUGGACUGAUGGCAGUGUUCCAUUGGAUUCAGUCUCCUCUGAUCUCGCAAGACUUGGGAAGGAGGCUAUGCAAAGGAAAGUUGUUGCCGCAGCAGCAGCCGCUGAAGCAUUAGAGGAGGCCAUUGCUACCGAGUCUCUUGUCAGGUGUUUAAGCGUGUUCUCCCAACUAUCCUCAACAUCCAAAGCUGGAAAUCCUCUGCACACAAUCGACAGAUUCUUUUCAAUCUACAACGACGUUGUGAAAUAUGCUGGAAUUGCUAAAUCUAUUGCGGUUAACCAUACUACUGCCACAACGGGUGAUAAUAUCUCGACAGAGCAGUCAAAACCCAGUUGUCUUUGGGUUGAUGCUGCAUUGGCCACUGACCUUGAGAUUGUCUCCCUUCUAACCACCCAGAAUAAUGAAGCUCUUUCGUCUUCGACUCUACAGAAAAGUUCAUCGAGACGAAAAUCUGUGAAUGCGCAAAACCAACAAAAGGGAAGUAAUAGAAUAGCAGCCACUGAGUCAUGGACGAGAGGACAUGGAAUGAAAGAAAGUGUUGAGCUUGCAAAGAAUUUGCAGUCUGAAAUGCAAAUAUGGUUUAUGGGAUUUGUGGAGGAAUUGCUGGAUGCCGGUUCCCGAGUAUUUGGUGAAUGUGAAAUCAAUGGAAGUGUCAGUCUUCCUAUGGACUCUGGUUCAAUUGCAGCAGUCUUGUCACAGUUGAAGCGUGUCAAUGAAUGGUUGGACCGUGAGGAUGAUAUUCUCACAGCGAAGAUGGAACAGCUAAAGAGAAAGAUCUAUGGGUUUGUGAUUCGGCAUGUGGGAACUACCCUAGGUAAUGCUUCGCCCGUUUCUUCAUCAUGAUUUAUUUCCUUAUGUAAUUGAAGAAUAUUGUUUCUAAUAAGAAGUUCAUUGCUUGUUUGAACGGUAGAAAAGGUAAUUUUUCUGCCAGCAAUUUAAUAAAAAAAGUAAGUUAUUUGUUAUUUUAGGAAUUUACAAUAAUUAAUUAUUCAUGAAUUAAUAUUUUAUAAUAAUAACGUCAUUUAGGCGUUACUGUCUUUUUCAACA